GAUCACUGACGUCAUGAUUUGCGCUCGUAUUUGACCGAGUUCCCAGUUGUCUUCUGCCGCGUUCAAAACAACUGGGUACUCGGAAAAAUACUAGGUCAAGGCCCGAGUUACCGAGUUGGAAUUCCGAGUUGGUGGCCGUCCAAAUCGAUUUUUCCCAGUCGUAGCUCGUUUUUUUCCGAGUUCACAUUUAUGUUGAACGCACGGAAAUCGGAGAUUUUCGAGUUCUCUGUCGUUUUGAACGCGACAUUGAAAGCACCACGUGAGAUCGCGGUAAUCAGUGAUAUAGCAGACAUCAAACGAGACUUGCUUGGCUGGUCAUCCUAUGCUCUGUGUGAUUGCAUAAACAGAAAAGAUGGCCGCCUCCGUUCGUGAAAAGCAGGCAGCUGCCUUGAAGCGCAUGCUGAAUUUCAAUGCUCCUCCUUUGAAAAACACUGCUGCUGAGCCAGUAUGGAAGGUGCUGAUCUACGACAGGUGUGGCCAGGACAUCAUCUCCCCUCUACUGGCAGUCAAGGAGCUACGGGACAUGGGGAUCACGUUGCACUUGUUGCUUCAUUCAGACAGAGAUCCCAUCCCCGAUGUGCCAGCCAUCUAUUUUGUGAUGCCGACAGAGGAGAACAUUGACCGGAUAUGCCAAGACCUUCGUAGCCAGCUGUAUGAGUCUUACUAUUUUAACUUCAUCUCAGCCAUAUCCAGAAGUAAACUAGAGGAUAUUGCCAGUGCAGCUCUCUCGGCCAACGCUAUCACACAGGUUACCAAGGUGUUCGAUCAGUAUUUGAACUUCAUCACACUUGAAGAUGAUAUGUUCAUCCUCGGCAAUCAAAAUAAAGAGUUAAUCUCCUACCAUGCAAUUAACAAGCCGGACAUCAUGGACACAGAGAUGGAGGCCAUCAUGGAUACGAUAGUAGACAGUCUCUUCUGCUUUUUUGUCACUCUGGGUACUGUCCCCAUAAUCCGCUGUCCAAGAGGGAACGCUGCGGAGAUGGUCGCGGUGAAACUUGACAAGAAGCUUCGGGAGAACCUGCGAGACGCCAGAAACAGCCUGUUCACUGGGGACAACAUGGGGGCCAGCCAGUUCAGCUUCCAGAGACCCUUAUUUGUACUUGCUGACCGCAACCUGGAUCUUGCCACCCCCCUCCACCACACAUGGACCUACCAGGCCCUCAUCCACGACGUGCUGGACUUCCACCUGAACAGGGUUAGCAUGGAUGAGUCUGUGGGGUCAGAAUCCUCUCCUGCCGGAGCCAGACCCAAGAAGAAGAACAAGAAGAGUUAUGACCUCACAUCAGCCGACAUGUUCUGGCAGAAACACAAGGGCAGCCCGUUCCCAGAGGUGGCUGAGUCUGUACAGGAGGAGUUAGACACAUACCGAGCCCAAGAGGACGAGGUGAAACGCCUCAAGAGCAUCAUGGGUUUGGAGGGUGAAGAUGAGGGACCCAUUAGUAGUAUUAGUAUGUCAGACAACACCGCAAAACUUACCUCAGCUGUCAGCUCUCUGCCAGAACUUCUGGAGAAGAAGAGGCUGAUUGACCUCCACACUAAUGUAGCCACUGCCGUUCUGGAUCACAUUAAGAGCCGUAAACUAGAUGUGUACUUUGAGUACGAGGAGAAGCUGAUGAGCAAAUCCACCCUGGAGGAGUCUUUACUGGACAUAAUCAGUGACCCUGACGCGGGAACACCGGAGGACAAGAUGAGACUCUUUCUGAUUUUCUACAUCACAGCCCUGCAGCCCACUUCAGAGAUUGAUCUGGACCAAUACAAGAAGGCUCUGCUAGACACAGGCUGUGACCUGUCCCCUGUCAACUACAUCAAGCAGUGGAAGGCUUUCACUAAGAUUGCUGCCACACCAUCUAACUAUGGGAACAGCGGUGUAAAACCUAUGGGCCUCUUCUCUAGGGUGAUGAACUCUGGCUCCCAGUUUGUCAUGGAGGGGGUGAAGCACCUGGUGCUCAAACAGCAUAACCUGCCUGUCACACGUAUCCUGGACAACCUGAUGGAGAUGAAGUCCAACCCGGAGACAGAUGACUACAGAUACUUUGAUCCCAAGAUGCUGCGUGGCAGUGAGAGCUCCAUCCCAAGGAACAAGAACCCGUUUCAAGAGGCUAUCGUCUUCAUGGUGGGAGGAGGGAACUACGUAGAAUAUCAAAACCUGGUGGACUACACAAAGGCAAAGCCAGGGAAGAGGGUGCUGUACGGAUGCAGUGAGCUCUUCAAUGCAGGACAGUUCAUCAAGCAGCUGUCCUCACUCGGCCAAAAGUAAAAACAAGAAAAUAUAUGAACAUUUUAUUUUCUUCAAUUCUAUUUCUCCUAAAUACUCAAGACCUCCCGAAUCAUACUGUAGAAUCUUACCUCUAGGUUCUCUCUCUGAUAUUCCAUGUAUUUUAUCAUGUGUACUGUACUUACAUUGUUUGUUUACCUAAUUAUCUUUACACUCUCAACAAAUAAAGAUUAACAGUCUUACUCA